AUGGCUGUGGCAACCAAACGUCAGUCGUCCUCGGGACGCGGGUCUAUUGCACAUAAAGUGUUUGUUCGGUCGUCCAAGGCAGGAAAUGCGUCCAAGAUUGUUCGAGAACAGUACUUGAGAUCAGAUAUUCCUUGUUCUUCUGAGGCUUGUUCUGUUUGUAUUCCUCCUCAGAAUGCGGAUGGCACUUUUCGUCCUCCGGUUUUGGCGAAAAUCCCAAAUUCAAAUAAGCAGAGGGGUCCUCAUUACGUUGUAGUGGAUACUAAUAUUGCUCUGAAGGCUAUCGAUUUGCUCGAACAUAAGUCGAUAUUUUAUGAUGUUAUUAUUCCUCAGAUUGUGCUGGAAGAAGUUCGAAACAGAAGUCUGCCUGUCUAUAACCGAUUGAGAAACUUGACAAAGGCGAGUGAUGAUGAGAAGAGAUUUUAUGUGUUUCAUAAUGAAUUUCACCAGGAUACUCAUGUGACAAGAAAUAAGAAUGAAAGUAUCAAUGAUCGAAACGAUAGAGCUAUUAGACAGACGUCAAAAUGGUAUCAAGAUCAUUUGAAAAAGACUGUUGAUACGAGGCAGAAUAUAAGUAGCAUGGAUGUGGAUGGCGACUCGUCCUCGUCUUCGGCCAAAAUGGUUGUGGUUCCUCAGAUUGUUCUUAUCUCUGAUGACCGUGAUAACCGUACCAAGGCUGAAGCUGAAGGUAUCACUGCGUUGUCUCUUAGAUCUUAUUUGAAGGAGUUUCCUAAUGGUGAUGAUUUAUUGGACCUGGCACCUAGCGACGAUUGGACUGCUACCAGUUCUGGACUUGCUGCUAUUUAUCCAUCUUUCUACCCUAUGUCAAGGCUUCUUGGUGGUAUUAAGAAUGGUACUUUGCAUCAAGGUAUAUUGUCUAUUAGUCAGUUUAAUUUCUUAGAAGGUUCUGUCAGAACACAAGCCUAUCCUAAACCAAUUCUUGUACUAGGAAGAGAAAAUCUCAAUCGAGGAUUUAAUGGCGAUGUCGUUGUUGUAGAACUUCUUCCUAAAUCACAAUGGAAAAUCCCUUCUUCUAGUAUUAUUGAAGAAGAGGAACUUGGUAAAACUGAAGGUGCCGACAAUGAGUCUGAAACAAUUGAAACUGAUGAGGAAAGAAAGGCUUUGGCUGAAGAAGCCCUGAAAGCUCAACAUCAACAGGGUGAAUCUGCUGCUAGUAAAGUGCAACCUACAGCUCGUAUUGUUGGUAUUAUCAAACGAAACUGGCGAUUCUAUGUUGGACAUGUGUCAGCUCAGUCUGCUGCUGGCGUUAGUUCUUCGGACAAUUCUCAGAAGAGCAUUUUUGUGGUUCCUCUCGACAAGUGUAUUCCACGAAUCCGUAUCAAAACUAGGAAACUUGGUGAGCUCGUCAAUAAGCGUAUUGUGGUAUCGAUUGACGACUGGCCAAUCCACUCGCGUCAUCCUGAGGGUCACUUCAUCCGAAGUUUAGGAGAAAUUGAAUCCAAGGAAGCUGAGACUGAAGCUUUGUUGUUGGAACAUGAUGUGGAAUAUAGACCCUUCCCCAAAUCGGUUCUCAACUGCUUGCCCCCUGAGGGCCAUGAUUGGAAGGUUCCUGAGAAUAUUGAAUCUACUACAGAUGAACAACUGAAGAAACGUAGAGAUUUGCGUCAUCUUCUUGUUUGUAGUAUCGAUCCUCCCAACUGUCAGGAUAUUGAUGACGCUCUUCACGCACACGUUCUGCCGAAUGGUAACUACGAGGUUGGUGUUCAUAUCGCCGAUGUCACUCACUUUGUCAAGCCUAAUACUCCAUUAGAUGACGAGGGUGCUUCUCGCGGUACCUCUGUUUAUCUGGUAGACAAGCGUAUAGAUAUGUUGCCCAUGCUCUUAGGUACUGAUCUGUGUUCGUUGAAACCUUACGUUGACAGAUUUUCGUUCUCUGUCCUUUGGGAAAUGACUCCUCAAGGUGAAAUUGUUAAUACGGAAUUCACCAAAUCCAUCAUUCGUUCAAGAGAAGCUUUCGAAUAUGGACAAGCACAGGCCCGUAUUGACGAUGAGUCGCAAAACGAUGAUCUCACUAAAGGCAUGCGUAUUCUCCUAGAUUUGUCAAAGAAACUUAAAAAGGGCAGAAUGGACGCUGGUGCUCUCAACCUGUCGUCUCCUGAAGUCAAGGUCAAUACCGAAAGUGAGACAUCUGAUCCUGGUAACGUGGAGAUUAAGAAACUUCUUGACACCAACUCACUUGUUGAGGAGUUCAUGUUGCUAGCCAAUAUCAGUGUGGCCAAGAAGAUUUAUGAAUCAUAUCCACAGACUGCCAUGCUUCGUAGACACGGAGCUCCUCCUGCUACUAAUUUCGAAAUCCUCAACGACCAACUCCGCAUUAAAAAGGGAAUGUCCAUUGACCUUGAAUCGUCCAAGACUCUUGCUGACAGUCUUGACAAAUGUGUGGACCCAGAGGAACCUUUCUUCAAUAAUCUCGUUAGAAUCAUGGCUACUCGUUGUAUGCUUGCAGCCGAAUACUUCCCUUCAGGUGAAUAUGGAUAUCCCGAGUUCCGCCAUUACGGUUUAGCAUCUGAAAUCUAUACCCAUUUCACCUCACCAAUUCGUAGAUACGCUGAUGUUGUGGCUCAUAGACAGCUUGCAGGAGCUAUUGACUACGAGUCGUUGCAUCCCAGCCACCGUGAUAGGAACAAGAUGGAAAGUAUCUGUCGUAACAUUAAUAAAAGACACCGCAACGCCCAAUUUGCCGGUCGUGCUUCUAUUGAAUACUACGUCGGACAGGUUCUCAAAGCUGACGAAUCAGAGCAAGAAGGAUUUAUCAUCAAGGUCUUUUCUAAUGGUAUCAACAUCCUGGUGCCCAAAUUCGGUGUCGAGAGUCUCAUUCAUCUCGAAGAUCUCGGUGACCCAGAGACUGCCUCUUACGAUGAAGACACCUAUACUCUGCAUCUUCAAAGCAAAGACGACAAGAAGCCCAUUGCACUGUCCAUUUUCGACAAGGUCAAAGUCUAUGUACGUAGUGUAAAGGACGAGACCAGCGGUAAGCGUAAGGUCCACAUGUCUCUCCGCAGUUAG